GAAUAUGAGAAAGGCAGCGAACACUCAGCGUGAUGAUGCAAUACUAAAUUGUGAAAAUGGAACAGAUUUCAAAAGUCAAAUAGAUGAGUGGUACCAGAAGAACAAUGUUGUGUCUAAGCUUAUACCCACGGAAGAAGGGAGUGACAAAAGAUUUACAGAAAAGGAGGAUGGAGAUCAAAAUGAUCCGGAAUGGGAAAAACAAAAUUUGCGAUAUGGGUGGGGAAGAUGGACACCAAACUGCCUGCAAGUGUUUAACACAAUCCGAUGGUACGUGUUCUGGGUGUCCAUCUUUAGUGUCUUCCAAGGAUUUAUUGUCAACGGUGUGGUCAAUGCCAUUAUCACAACUCUAGAGAAACGAUUCGACCUUCCAAGUUCAAAAUCCGGUCUCAUAGCCAGUUCCAACGACUUUCUUGCCUUCUUUUUGGUGUUGGUGAUCAGUUUUUAUGGUAGCGAAAGGCACAAGCCCAAACUGAUAGGGAUAGGUGUGAUGGUAUUAGGGCUGGGGUCAUUUAUAUUCUCACUACCUCAUUUCCCACCAGAUCUCUACGACUAUGGAGGUUCAGAUCUCGAUGCAUUUGAAAAUGUAUGCCGUCAGAACAAUGGGACCACAAAAUGUGUUCAAAUGGAGGAAGCAUCCUCAUCACAGAAGUAUCUAUACGUGUUUUUGUUGGCCAAUGCCCUACAUGGUGCAGGUUCCACGCCCAUGUUCACACUGGGAACCAGUUUCAUAGAUGAGAACAGCAAGGCGGAGCAAACGCCGCUUUUUCUUGGUAUUAUAUACUGUGUGGCAGCCCUUGGCGUAGCUGCAGGAUAUAUGGGCGGAGGACAAUUUCUUAACAUCUAUACAGACGCUGACACUGUAGAUGUUACCAAACUGGAUAUAACACCGAUGGAUCCUAGAUGGGUAGGUGCAUGGUGGAUCCCUUUCUUGAUCAGUGGGGCCGCAAUGUUUAUUAUUGCUAUACCCAUAUUUGGAUAUCCAAAACGUCUUCCAGGUAGUCUGGCAAUACAACAACAAAGAAAAUCGGAGACUUCAAAACAUGCGAAUGACGAACUUCCGCCGAACUUUGGGAAAAAUUGGAGAAAUUUUCCACGGGCAAUGUUUAAUUUGAUCAGAAACCCAACAUUUUUGUUUCUCUCGCUCAGCGCAUGCGUAGAGGGGAUGAUCAUCAGCGGUGUUGCUACAUUUGGCGCCAAAUUUCUGCAAGAAAAAUUUAACCUGCCUGCUGCAUUUGCUAGUUUUAUUAUGGGUAUUAUUACGGUACCAGGUGCUGGCGGAGGAAUGCUGCUGGGAGGAUUCAUUGUGAAAAAGAGAAAAUUGAAGUGUAAAGGAAUUAUUAGAAUGAAUAUGAUUGCUGCGUUUCUUGGUAUAGUGCUUGGCUGCGUGUUCUUGCUGCAGUGCCCAGCACAGCAUAUAGCCGGUGUCACAUCUGAGUACAUCACGGUAAACUCAUAUAAUGGACCAGUUAACUUGGAUCACCAGUGUAACACUGAAUGCGCAUGCUCGGGCGCGACUUACGAGCCGGUGUGUGGAAUGGAUACCAGUAUUUAUUUCACACCUUGCCAUGCUGGAUGUAACGAAGAAUUUGUCUUUAUGGAAGGUCCAAUGGGGCCUUUUAAAAUGUAUACUAACUGUAGUUGCGUAGCAGCCAGUAUAAUGUAUAAUCUGAAUCUCACAAUGCAACACGAGAUCACCAUGACAACGCCAACGACAACGCCAGUUUCUGUCACGACGGAGGGAAUGUCUGCAAAUACAACAGGGCCACCUUUAGGAGCGUACCAGGGUAUUUGUAUGUCAGACUGCAAGCUACUUUAUGUUGUUGCUCCGCUGUUGUUUUUUGGUAUGCUGGUCACCUUCAUGACAUGUUCUCCCACACAGACUGCCACGAUGAGAUGUGUCCAAGGACACCAAAGAUCAUUGGCAAUAGGAUUUCAAUGGCUUUUACUAAGAUUAUUAGGAACAACACCAGGGCCUCUCAUGUUAGGGUCUAUUAUGGACAGUGCGUGCCAUGUAUGGCAAGAUAUCUGUGGCACAACCGGAAAUUGCUGGAUCUAUGAGAAGACAAGCAUGGGAGUUAAGCUAUUUGUUUGGUGGAUAACGGUGAAAAUAGCGGCCCUGGCAUUUUACUUUGCCGCUCAGUACUUUUACAAACCCCUUGAUGAGGUUUCAGAUGAUGAAGCUGAAACCGACGAGGUUAUGCAGGCAUUAGAAUGUCUGGGAUUGAAAUAUAUGCUAAUUUUAUUUCAUUGUGAUCGUCAUUUGCCUUUAAAGUUGGUUCAACAAUAAUCUUUUGUUGAUCUGGUUUGCUAGUGUAUAUCGUAACUGAACAGUUAGCAUAGUUGCCAGUACCAAUGGUAAGAGAUCUGCUACUUUGCUUGACCAAUAUCCAUCAUUCUUAAUAUUUUCUAUUUCAGAGAGAUAUUCAGCAACAAAUUCCUCCUCUUUUUCGGGACCAUACUUGUCUAUUAAGAACCCCAUAUAUUCCACUGCAUUUUCUUCUAAGUGGGUACACAUUGAGUUUCUUAGUUGAGAAUGUGAUUCUGAUAUAAGGUCUGAAUAGCAUGCUGCUUGGAAAAAACAGUUCCCAUCGGCAGGAACCUUAUCCCGUUUAAGUCCUUCAUCAUUUAAAAAUCGGUCUAAACGCCCUUCGUUUGCUGCUAUUAACGUUUGUCUCAUUAUUUCUUCAUUAUAGCUCAAUGUCUUC